CUGAAACAUCCAUCAUCUCCCCAAAAAAAUCACAAUUGAUCUCAGCUCAUGUUUUUUGUUUUUGUUUUCCCCACUCUCGCAGAAAGUGUUUUACUGUUUUUCUACUCACUAAACUGCUUCAAAAGUUUCUCCACAUUAUUAUCAGAAAAAUGCCUGAAUCUGUAGCAGCAGAGCAUGAUUACAUAGUUUUGUCAGAGUUUCCAACCAUGGAAGCAACAUCAAUGUCUGACAAAACCAAAACCAGAGACAACAACAACAACAACGAUGACGAAGACGGUCUGAAUUUCUUCAAGGCCACCGAGUUGAGACUCGGUUUACCCGGUUCCGGGUCACCGGAGCGAGUCGACCCAAGAUUCUUGUCUCUCAAGAGCUCAUGUCCUGUGUCAGGGGCCAAAAGGGUAUUUUCCGACGCCAUUAAUGGGUCUAACAAAUGGGUCUUCUCUCCUGGAUCAAUUACUGAUGUCGGGUCGGUUACGGGUCCCGGUAGCUCAGCCGUGAAAGACGCUAAACCGGCCGUUUCAGUGAAGGAGAAGAAGAGCUCUGCAGUAGCUCCAGCUUCAAAGGCACAAGUGGUGGGUUGGCCACCAAUUAGAUCAUUCAGGAAGAACACAAUGGCUUCUUCUCAAUCUCAGAAACAAGGUGGUGAUAAUAAUAAUAACUCAGAGACUGAAGCAGAAGCUAAGUCUGGACCAGAGCCUUGCUUGUAUGUCAAAGUGAGCAUGGAAGGUGCCCCUUACUUGAGGAAAAUCGAUCUCAAGACUUACAAGAGCUACGUCGAACUCUCUUCUGCUCUUGAAAAGAUGUUCAGUUGCUUCACUAUUGGUCAGUUUGGCUCUCAUAAAGGGUGUGGCCGAGAUGGGUUAAACGAGAGUCGCUUGACCGAUCUCUUGCGUGGUUCUGAGUAUGUUGUCACCUAUGAAGAUAAAGAUAGUGACUGGAUGCUGGUUGGUGAUGUCCCUUGGGAAAUGUUUAUAUGCUCCUGCAAGAAGCUGAGAAUCAUGAAGAGCUCUGAGGCUAUUGGCCUAGCUCCAAGGGUGAUGGAGAAGUGCAGAAGCCGGAACUAGUAAAAUGCCCUUACGUGUGAUAGUAUAUGAUUUGGAAAAAGAGAUGUUUUUAAGAAAUGUAAUAGCCAUUUUGUUUUCAAGUAUUUUGGUGUGUUGGUGUGCUAAGAGUAAUGUUCGAUCUUUCUUUAAACAGCCUCUACUAAGCUCUAAGCUCUAAUAAGGCCUCUUCCUCUUACUCGUGUCUCUAAUCAAUCAAAAGGAUCAUAUGGGUUUGUGUAUGUGUGUUUGCCAAGGAAGACUUCAUAAUUCGUAUGUAUAAAAAGGUUGGUAGUGUGUAAACGGUUUUAUUUUUA